ACUCUACCUAAACAUGAAUACAUGUAUCAUUACAUCACUAUCUAAAAGAAUCACAUUUAAAUGGGUGUGUGUUUAUGUAACGUUUCUCAUUCCUGUUUGGGUUUUUCUUAACAAUCAAUCAUCAUUAAUAUUGAUUUUGAAAUAAUAACACGUAUAAGUGCUACAUAUAAGGCAGAAAACCAAUAUUUCUUACGUCUACAAUAAACUAGAAUCGUACAUGAAUUAAGAAAAUGAUGUGCGUUUCAUUAUCAAGAGAAUUUUGGCAGAAAAUAUUUAUUACAUUAAAUACUUUAUUUGUUAUAUUUAACAUGAUUCUACUUAUAUUAGGUAUAAUAACACAAAAUACUUUAUCAAAAUAUACAACCAUUUUACAUACACCAAUAUCAGCUAUCAUUCCAACUAUUCUAUUUACUGGAUGUUUCGGUUUGAUAGCUGCAUUAAUUGGAUAUAUUGGAUUAUGGAAACCAAUGAAUUCAAUUGCUUUAAUGCAUAUAAUUAGUUUGUGUAUUGUUACACUUAUUGAAAUCGGUAUAGCAACAACAUCAGCUGUAAUGUAUGAUCAAUUCUAUACAACUACACAUAGUGCAUUAUUAGAUAGUGUGAAAUUCUAUUAUGAAAACCCACAAUAUGAAAUGGAAAUGGAUCAUUUACAAACUGAAUUUAAAUGUUGUGGAGCUGAAUCUUAUUUGGAUUAUAGAAAAUUGGGUAUGAAUAUACCAUUCUCUUGUAUCAUUGGUUAUUUAGUUUAUGCAAGAAUAAUUUAUAAAGUUAUAAAUUCACUCCGUACUGAGUUCGAGUCCCAGAGUGAAUAUCAACUUCGAGAUGAAGGUACAUCUAGCUGACAAGUCUUAAAUAGAACGGAACGUGCUUCAUGGAUUCCACUACUAGACACUAUCCAUCUUUGUUUAUAAUUUUCAAAGUUGUCUACAAUUAUUCAACACACUAUACUGUAAAAUAUAAUGUUUGUUAUUCUUAGUUUUGUCAUAAAAUUACUAACUAACAUUCCACUAUAGACUUGGUUAAUCAUGAAUGAACGUUAAUGAAAUGAAUUCAGAUUACUCUUAGUUGAUCAAAUAAAGUAUAGCUUAGUUAUUGUUAACAUUUUCCAUUGAGUCUGACCGACACAGUGAAUCACCAUUACAUCAAGAACACCACUUAUCAAGUUCAGAUUUGAAUAUAUUCAGUUUAUCGUUUAGUAUAGGAUCAUUUGUGAAGACUUUAUAGUUUAAAGUAAAACUUGAUCUUAGAUAAAAGUUUCACACUACAAUAAAAUAGCUAACCAGUAAUUCCUUAGUUUCCAAUCAUAUUCUAGUUAAUAUUUAAAUGAAGAGUAUCUUAUUCUGUGCUCUUUUUUUCCAACCUGUUACUUAAAACAGAAAUGUAAUUUUGAGAUAGUGGAGAUUUGUAGGUCAGGUGGAUGAUUUUGAUGGAGUUUUUUUUCUCUGAUUUGGAUGAUUUGGUUGUGGAACUUUCAUAGUUUUUCUGAACGACAUCAUCAACAUGUGAACAACUGUGGAAAUUUUGAAUAGAUGCAACUUCAAAAACACCAGGGAAUUUUUAGAAGCUUAACACUCAGGUCAAUCAACAAUCAACAAGCAUAUUGAAAUCGAUUCAAUUUACUGACCAUAAGGAAAAUUAUGGACAAAUAUAGGAACAAAAAUCAAAAUAAUGAAAGAUACAACCAAAAUAAAGUAAACAAUGAUAGGUUUAAGAUCAACAAGAACCAAUCAACAUCGAAGUAUAGAGGACAAGCAGCCAAACUUAUGUGAAGAAAUUCGAACGCUUCACUUGUACCUGAAUUUUGUACUAAUGAUGUCGGUCCACAACCAAACCAUCUAGGUCAGCUAACAAAACUCCAUCAGAAUUGUUCAUUUAUUUAUUUCCCAUAAACAUUGGUACAAGGAGGCACCAAAUAGAUAUACGUCACAUAAAUCAUUCGAUUUGUGUGAAAGCUUGGAUACUGCCCGGGUUCCCAAACCGAAGCAGGUGGUUUUCAUAGAGCGCCCACACCCAGAGCCUUCAAUCUAAAGGUCUGACUCAUAAGGCAGUGGAGCAACGUAAGGAGAUGCAGUCUCAUGGUAACCAGUGGCUAAUAAUUGGUUGAUAUGUCAUUUGUUCCUCCAGGAUCCUGCAACCCAUGUAGAGCAUUGAUUUGGAAUCAGGGUUUUUCAACUCCUCUAGGUGAACUCUCCGUGUUAAAAUGUGAGACAUUCAUUUUUCAUCUUCUGAAUUUCGUAAACACCUACCCCCGCCACGAGAAGGUCGUGUAUAGGACUUUCAUGUCAGUAGUUGUAUGCACGUGUCCAUGUGAAAGCAUUUCAAGAGAGAGAGAGAGAGAGUGAGUGAGAGAG